AGUAAAUACAUGCAGAACGAACAGUUAAACGAAUUUACUCCAGCAGAGCAUAUUCAUCAGAUUCGCUCAUAUUUCGAUAUCAUAGACAAUGCAGUUCAAAUUGGUGACACUAAUAGAAAAUAUUCUGACGCAAAGAUUCCAUCACAACCUGGAACUGCUAAAGAUAACACAUGGGUAACAUUCAAUCUCUCACCUCCUGGUGAAAAUAUGUUGGACCUUUACAAUACAUUCAUUACGUAUAAAAUGGAAGGUCAAUUUAUUGUAGAUAAAGAAAUUGGUUCAGGUUCCAAUAAAACAAACCCACCAGGAUUUUGGAUUGGUUUCGA